AUGGCGGUCUCGGUGUUCCCCGGCGUGCGGCUCCUCUCCAUUGGAGACGCGAAUGGAGACAUACAGCGACACUCAGAGCAGCAGCCCCUGCGGUUAGAAGUCAAAACCACACAAGAUGCAGCUCUCAUCAAUCUCUCCAAUGGAGAGGAGGCGAGUGUGUUCAAGUGUUCGGUUUCCAGGGAGACAGAGUGCAGCCGCGUGGGGAAGCAGUCAUUCAUCAUCACACUGGGCUGCAACAGCGUCCUGCUGCAGUUCUCCUCACCUGCAGAUUUUCAGUCCUUUUAUAAUCUCCUGAAGAACUGUCGUGGGCAUGUUAGUGAGCGCUCAGUCUUCAGUGACAGAACAGAGGAGUCCUCUGCUGUACAGUACUUCCAGUUUUAUGGCUACCUCUCCCAGCAACAGAACAUGAUGCAGGACUAUGUUCGGACAGGGACUUACCAACGGGCUAUUCUCCAAAACCACACCGACUUCAAGGACAAGGUGGUGCUGGAUGUUGGUUGUGGCUCGGGGAUCCUCUCUUUCUUUGCAGCUCAAGCUGGAGCCAGGAAGGUCUAUGCUGUGGAGGCCAGCACCAUGGCACAGCACGCCGAGGUGCUGGUGAACAGUAACCGUUUAGGGGAGCGUGUGGUCGUCAUCCCAGGGAAGGUGGAGGAGGUGACGCUGCCUGAGCAGGUUGACAUCAUCAUCUCAGAACCAAUGGGCUACAUGUUGUUCAAUGAGCGCAUGCUGGAGAGCUACCUGCAUGCCAAGAAGUUCCUCAAACCCAAUGGUAAAAUGUUCCCUACCAUUGGUGACGUACACCUGGCCCCCUUCACAGACGAGCAGCUCUACAUGGAGCAAUUCACCAAGGCCAACUUCUGGUACCAGCCCUCCUUCCAUGGUGUAGAUCUCUCUGCCCUGCGGGGGGCAGCCGUGGAUGAGUAUUUCCGCCAGCCAAUUGUGGACACAUUUGAUAUCCGUAUUCUGAUGGCCAAAUCGGUCAAAUACACAGUCAACUUCCUGGAGGCCAAAGAAGAGGAUCUUUAUAGGAUAGAGAUUCCCUUUAAGUUCCACAUGAUGCACUCUGGCCUGGUACACGGCCUAGCGUUCUGGUUUGAUGUGGCAUUUAUGGGAUCCGUGAUGACAGUAUGGCUGUCCACAGCACCCACAGAGCCUCUCACCCACUGGUACCAGGUGCGCUGUCUGCUGCAGUCUCCCCUCUUCACCAAGGCUGGGGAUACACUGUCCGGCACUGCAAUGCUAGUGGCCAACAAGAGACAAAGCUACGACAUCAGUAUUGUUGCCCAGGUGGACCAGACAGGAUCAAAGUCCAGCAACCUCCUGGACUUGAAGAACCCCUUUUUCAGGUACACAGGCACCUCCCCCAACCCUCCUCCUGGCUCACACUACACCUCCCCAUCUGAGAAUAUGUGGAACACGGGGGCAGCCUACAGCAUGAAUCAGGGGAUGGCUGUAUCAGGGAUGCCUGCAGCUUAUGACCUCAGCACAGUCAUUGGCAGCGGCCCGUCAGUGUCUCACAACAACCUCAUCCCCCUAGUGAACACAGGGAUUGUAAACCACACCCACUCCAGGAUGGGCUCCAUCAUGAGCACAGGAAUUGUCCAGGGAGCCACUACGGGCCAGUCGGGCCCAAGCAGCAGCGGUACUUACUAUCCCGUCACCAACCAGUUCACCAUGGGGGGCGCUGCCAUCUCCAUGGCCUCGCCAAUGGUCAUCCCCAGCAACACCAUGCAUUACGGCAGUUAAGACGAGGACGUUGCGAAGACCUCUUCAACCUCCCAGCCCCCGCAUGACAAGAGAUCCCCUGCCCCUCCCAGUGGAGCCCCUCAGUCUGCCACCCCUCCACCCCUCAACCCUGACUGAUCCACCAUCCGCAGCCAAAACCGAUAUACCAAAACCAGUGCUGUGCUGGCACUUCCUCCCAUUGUUCGUCAUCCACAUUCUACUCUGUUCAGUCCAUCACUAUAUGAACGAUACGAACGGUCAAACGCUCUCUUAUCCGUCCAGACUCUUGUCUUGCUAACAGCCGAAACCUCCCUUUCCUUCUCUCCUUCUUGGAUUCAUUUGGACUGCAACAAAUGCACAGCUGAGAUGCACAGCAGUUAUCAUCUGUCCCUUUCCUUAGUUUUCACCCUCUUACUGUAUCAAUCCCUCCACUCCCCUUCUUUUUUAUAUCAUGAUGACCCCAAAGUUUUUCCCCAAAACCUUCCCUCCCUAAGAAUCUACUUGUUGCCAGAUACCAGCAUCAGUCCGUUCCCACAAUUCUCCACAUCUCAAUACCAGAUCUACACUGAAGCUUUUCAUUCGUGUAGUAGGACACCGUUAUCAUCAUCAACACGCAUCUCUGAGCUACCAUCUUGGCUUUUCAUAUCGGAUACAAUCUUGAAAACCUCUCCGCACUUCUCUCAAAAGACUGACUCAUGCCAGACAAAAUGGUUCCUUUUAAAGUAUCCUUUAUUUUCCCUGUUUACCUUUUGUGGAUAAUUUGUUUUUAGGCAGAUAUAUCAGAAAACUGAAGUUAUCUACAUACCUAGGCACCCUAAGGAGUGUGUGGGGAAAUAUGUUUUUUUGGGUGACUUGGACAUGUUAAACAUCUAAGUUCCUCUCAUUACCCAAUGUGUGGUUGUACGUUAAAGCAGUGGUGUUGAUGCAUUCCACUAAGGUUCACACAUACAUCAAUUUUUGGGAGAACCCUGGUCACCUUCCAUGCUUAGUGAUGAGAUAAAUAGGCACAGGAAUCAUCUGUCUGCCUGCUGUAGAAAAUCUAAACACUGAGAUGAAAGAAGCUAUAAAACUCGGUUAAUCUGAGGAGAGCUGUAGCGUUGAGAGAAAAUUCUUUUACUUUAUCACUACGAGUGACACCUGCUAAGGUACACAGUCAUUUGGUCCAUUGUUAAUAUAAAGAUAUUGAUUAGUGCAGCUUUUAAAUGUACUUGUACAUCCAGACCUGUGAUGUGGUUAGCCUGUCCUAGCUGGAAACAGGGAGAAGUGGUCUCUCCCCAUCUCUAUCCAAAAAUUCUAAAGCUGUUGUAGUUUAUUUCUUUAUAUAUUUAAUAUGUGGAAAAGAAACUUUAAAAAUUACAGCAUGUUCGGAGCAGUUGUGUUGGAGGCAUUUCUUGACCAACAACAGCUGGGUUCAAGGUCAGCAGCGCCUCACAAGUCCUGUCUUCAUACACGUCGUAGGGUUGCCAGGUUUGAGCACCGUACUAAGUGAACAAAAUGGCAGGCGACACUUUUUAUCAACUCCUACAACCAAUUUAAAAAAAGGACUUCCUCGAAGGUGUAUUUUGUCUGAUUUUUGACAGAGCUAGGCAAAGUUUCUUGUCCUACCAAUAAACUCGAGAUAUCUCUGUACUGCACACACUGAAAAUUUAAUUCAUUCAUUAAAUUUCAUUGUGUCAGUGUGUCUUUUAGUCACCUGACUGGGAUUUAGUCAUCUGAAUGGGUUUGGAUUUGACAGCAGACAAGCAUAUUUCCUGAAAUGCUGGAAGUAGGGUUAAGGCCACAGAAUGAUUAAAGUGUGUUGUAAGAUUGCAUUUAAAGGAACAAGUGUCUAUAACCGUUCUGAACGGCCACACUCGCCAUAGCCGCCUCAUGGCUGCAUCCCGGUGUCUCCCUGAUCUCUCUCAACAAACUCUGUGUCUUUGCAGUCUCAAUGCAAUGAAUUGUACAGCACUGUCUCACUCUUCUUAAAAGCAUUCUUGGUGUUGCCCUUUGUUAUACACAAAAAGUGACAGUAGUAGUUGUGUGGAUGAAGAAUGCAACCUUGAGAGAGAAGUUCAAACCCUACUUUCCAUGGAAGAUGACUAAUAGGAAAGUCCCCCCAAAACUUGUUGUUUUUGUUCAUGCUAGAACACUUGAGUCCGGUAAACCUAAAACAAGCCUUCUGCUGCUCCCAGUGCCCUCCCUCUUCACUUAGUAUCCAUUUUUAGCUGAGAGGACUCCUCCCCACCUAGUCAUGUACAGAUUACUCCAGCAGUUGGAGGAAGAAGACUUGGAGAACGAACCCGUAAGGACCAAUAAGCCAGGUGGCAGCCCAGAGGCUGCUAGAGUGAGAGAAACUGUGGAUUGGCAGCGUCCUAGUUCACAUCCUUGCUUUCUUACCCUGCAUUUCUUCCCAACCUCCUUGACUGUGAGACUGUCACAGAGACUUCAGUGUUGAGGCAUGGGAGACUGGGCCUGUCCACCCACCUCCCUCCUUGUCUGUUCACUAUAUAUGACCGCCAGCAUAUCAUGCCCCCAACACCCUCGUCCCCUUUUAUUAGUCAAGGAGAGAAAGACUGACACGUGUAUGCAUAGCUUCCAGUGUCACAACUACUGGACUUGGUUCAUUUGGAAUUUAUGAGUUAGCAAGUUUUAAGAGAGCUGAGAAAAAAUGUCUCUUUGUAGGAUUAACCUUUUUUUGUUGUCUUUAUUUUUUCUGUCACAAAAAAAAACAACAAUUAAAAAAAAAGAGAGCAAAUUAAAUGUGGUGGAGAUGUUCCAAAACCCA